AUGGCUUUAAAUCCUUUGUCCAAAAUACUCGAAGAAAACAAACUUACUAGACCAAAUGAGUUACAACGUCACCAUGAAAAGAUGCCUGACGCAAAAUCUAUGGUCAAUCACCUACAAGAGUUGUAUGGUGAGCACAGUAGGAUUGCACGUUAUGAGGUUACUGAAGCCUUAUUUCGAGGAAAACUACAAGAAGGAGGAAAUGUAGGAGAUCAUGUCCUAAAUAUGAUUGGAAUGUUGGAGAGAUUGGAAGAAUUAAAUAUCUUCCUUGACUCUGAGCUUGAAGUAGACUUAAUUCUACAGUCUUUUCCAGAUUCUUUUGGGCCUUUCAUAAUGAAUUUCCACAUGAACAAGCUUCAUUGUUCCAAAUCUGAUCUGCACAAUAUGUUGUGCACUGCUCAUGCUACAAUGAAGGGUAUGAAUACCGAUACUACUGUUCUUUUGGCCUCUUCCAAGUCGAAGAAGAAGAAGAGAAAGAACAAGAAGGUUUCUGAAGUGAAACCAAUUGGGGAGUGA